UGACACAAGUCAGCGAAACACGGGCGACUUUUCGUGAUUAAAACAGCACUUUCUCGUCUUAUUGAUCGAGCCUUUUUCUCCCGGUCCUGCAACAAAUGGGGGCCCCGGUGCUGCUGGGGCUGCUGCCCUUGCAAGGCUUGUUGCUGACCGUCGCCGCACUGUGUCCGCUGCGCGGCGCUGGAGCGAAAAUAAUGAGUCCGGCUUCGGCGCAAGUAAACGGCGCGUUUAAAGUGUUUACGGAGAGAUACAAUCGGAGCUACAGUGCAAACACGCACGAAUAUUUUCUCAGAAUGAUCAAUCUGCAGGAAAGUAUGAAGAGGCAUCAACUCCUCAACGCUCCCUCACCAGACAUCUCCUGCAACAUGUCUGCAAGAUAUGGCAUAAAUCAGUUUUCAGAUUUAUCACCAAAAGAAUUCCGAGAACAAUACCUCACGGGUGAACCUGCGAAGGUGUCCCAGUACCCAAAUCAGAAGGCGGGGGGUCACAGAUCAGAGGACAUGGCACUGCCUGCAAAGUUUGACUGGAGGGACAAGAAUGUUGUCACUGAAGUCCAGAACCAAGAAUCAUGUGGUGGCUGCUGGGCAUUCAGCGUUGUGGGGGCCGUUGAGUCUGUUUAUGCGAAAGGAGGACACCCCCUGGAGCAACUGAGUGUGCAGCAGGUCAUCGACUGCUCUUACCAGAACCAGGGCUGCAAGGGUGGUUCCACGAUCAGGGCCCUCAACUGGUUAAUGAAGACUCAAGAGAAAUUAGUGCAUGAAUCUGAAUAUCCAUUUAAGGCUGCAACAGGAGUUUGUCACUUGUUUCCGCUGACGCACUUUGGCGUCUCUGUUAAGGACUUCGCCGCAUUUGAUUUCAGUGGAUUAGAGGAAGUGAUGAUGCAGAAACUGGUGGAGUGGGGGCCCCUGGUCGUGACCGUGGACGCAAUGAGCUGGCAGGACUACUUGGGAGGUGUGAUCCAGCACCACUGCUCCAGCCAUCAGGCCAAUCAUGCUGUACUCAUUAUUGGAUAUGACACAACAGGUGAAGUCCCUUACUGGAUUGUGCGCAACUCCUGGGGAACCUCAUGGGGAAACCAGGGCUACGUGUACAUUAAGAUGGGCGAGAACAUAUGCGGCAUUGCAGAUGCAGUGGCUGCUGUCUUUGUAUGAUGUUCCGGGGCAUCAGAAAGAUGAAACGCACUUUUAAAUAUCCAUUUUUAUGCACUGCAGUAUCUGCAAUUCACUUUGAUGCAAAACAUUUUCAGUAUGCGGUUCACAUGCGUCCAAUACCGCGUGUUCUCUGCCAGCGUUUUCCAACUCUCGGUGAUGAGUUUCUUGAAUGUUGUGUUCAAUGAUGUUAUUGCCAUUACGGUACCAAAGUAAAUUAAAGUACAUCUUUUCAGUAAAUUAAUGACAGUGCUUUUGUUCAGAGGAACAGCCGAAUGUAUGUUUGCACUAAAUUAACACUUUAAGGAGAGGAUGUAACUACUGUAUUUGUAUGGAUUUUAAGUAUGGUAUUUCUUCAGGGGGAAAUGUGAUCAUUUUAUGCCAUGUUUAUAUCCUGCUUUUCAUGACUU